AUGUCCCACGCACUACUGCUGCGGCUCUUCCUCUCGCCGUACUUCUCCAUCUCGGUGGCGAUGCACUACCUCAAGACCUACCCGGAGAGCAUCGGUAUCUCGCACUACCUCUGCUGGCGCAUGCGUUCCAUGCCCGCCGACGAGGUCGAGUUCUACUGGCCCCAGAUCUGCCACUUGUUGAUCACACGGCCCACUGAGAGCAAUGCGCUCGAGGGCUUUGUGCUCCAGCGCGCAGAGGAGAACACUCACGCCGCGAUGCUGACAUUCUGGUUCAUGCAGUCGGCGCUGCAUGACCUCACACCAACACGCACCACCAACCCCCGCCCCUUUAACAUUUGCCAGCGUGUUCUGCACCGCUGCCACGAGAUUCUGUUCGGAGACCCUCCCGAGCCGAGCCGCUCACCGUACCGCUCUCUCCCUCCAUCGCCGCACGCAUCGUCGCCGUCCCUCAGCUCGACGGCACAGCGGCUUCUCAGCCGCGCCCUGCCAACGGCCGGGCCUGUGACUCCGCGCGUUCGCGUGAACCCACAUGCCGGCUCGGCACUCGUCGGUAUGGGCGCCAUGAUUGCCGGGCCAGCAAUGCCUGGUCUGACGGCGCUCGUCGGUGAAUGGGCAGUCAUGCAGGGCCGCCGACCGAUCGACGACGCGCACGAGGUGCGCGCUCGUAUUGAAGUGGAGAAAGGCGGCGGCGCCGAUGUGCCACGAGGUCGGUGGGAGAGGCAACCCCACCCAGACUCGGACGGUUCAGAAGACGACAGCAGCAGACCUGCUAGCAGGCCACCAAGGCAUUCUGUCACUCUGCCGCCGUCGGGUCGCGCAUCGCCCAUGCCCUUCCGCCCAGCAGUGCAUCCCUCGUCCACAACGCCAAACUUCUUUGCCUCUGCUCACGAGUCGGCGCCUGCCUUCUCCGUCCUUUCUGAUCGCCGCGCACGGGAUCCCUUUGACCAGAGCCCCGAUACUCCUCCUGUGCCCUUGCCAAAGCAACAGGGUGGCGGUCACCAGCCAUUCAACUCUGUGCCCGACCUGUACGGCGGCGCGUCGCUCCAGCGUCGUUCAUCGACCCGCCCCCCAAGCGCCGAUGCACUACUCGCGGCCUACUCGCUCGAGGCACAACGUCAGCUCCUCAAGAGCCACUACUGCCGCAGCGAGAUUCGCUUCUUGCUCUUGCUCGAGGACAUUUCCAACCGCUUGUUGGUUAUCCCCAAGCCGGCCCGUAUCUCUGCCCUGCGUGCAGAACUCACGAGCCUCAACCACAUGCUCCCCGCCGAGGUGUGUAUGCCCCUGUGGUGCAACGCCGAGCACGGUCGGAGCGACGACAAGCCCGAACCAGAGGGAUCGUUGCUGAAGCGCGACCGCAAGUCGAAAAAGUGUGCACACUCUCGUGUGGUCCGUAUCUCGCCCGGCGACUCGGUGGUGCUCAACUCGGCUGAGCGUGCACCAUAUGUCCUCCACGUGGAGAUCCUCGAAGACGACCUGGACUUUGACCCCACACGACGCGAGAACCGUGAGGUGCUCAAGAAGAUUGUCGUGCAAGAGGACAUGAAGCACCGUAAAAAGGAGCAGGGCAUUGCCGGCGCGCACACCCCGCCAUCCUUUGACGGCUUUGGUUCUCCUAUGCCUGGUAUCCUUCCGGCGCCCAGCCCUGGCGUUGCCAGUCCCGAGGACGAGGACCUGCCAUACGAGGAGGAGCCAGAGGAGCUUCCGACCGAGGCGCGCCAGUCAGUCCCGGAAGAGGACAUGGAGGAGAUGGACCUCGUCGAGCAGCUGUACGGUAACAAGCUGUCGGUGCGAGACACAGUCCCCGACCUCCGCGACUCGAUCCCGCUUCCCAGUGCGCCAAAGAACAAGCAGCUCGAUCUCGAAGUGUGGAAUUCGAGCGCCUUGGACGACAGCACGUCGCGCCGAUCAUCCCUCGGGGCAGCCCGUACACCUGGUCAGACAACGCCCAACGGUAUCGACGCCGUGAGCCGCCCGAUUUCCCCGGCAGCUACGCCUGUGCCAGAUGAGGGCAUCGCGUCUCCCAAGCGCGUCAUCACUCUUGAGGACUAUUCUGAGCGUAUGCGCACCGCUGCCGUCAUGCUUGCGCAGCUGAAUGCCUCGCUCGUGCCGCCAAAGGAGGAGACCAAGACGACUACGGGACCCCUGGUUCGCUGGAUUCCUGGCACUGGUUGGAUUACUGGCUCCAAGGACGCUGCACCACCAGAGGACCCUCACGUCCCCGGUGGCGGCGGUGCGGGCGGUAAGCUCCGUCUUGCGGCCGCACAAGCAGCAGCCAUCCGCGAGCGCAUCAUGGAGGAGAUGAUGGCGCUCGAGGAGGAGCGUGUCCAGCGUAUGACGACGCGUCCCGAAGGCGUGGACGUCCAGGGCAGCUCCGAGGGGCAGACAGCCGAGGACGAGGGCAUUGUGCGACGCGAGAUCAACAAGGCCGACCCGUCGGCUGCCGUCUUCAAGGAGUCGUGGAGCGCCAAAAAGUCUCGUAUCCGCGCGUCGUCACCGUGGGGCCACCUCGCCAACUGGGACGUCAUCUCGGUCAUUGUCAAGACUGGCGCAGACCUGCGGCAAGAGCAGCUCGCGACGCAGCUCAUUGAGCGCUUCAGCCGGAUCUGGAAGGAGGAAAAGUGUGACGCUUGGGCACGCUUCUUCCGCAUCCUGAUCACUGGCGAGCUUUCGGGUCUUGUCGAGACCAUCACCGACGCCGUGUCCGUGCACUCGAUCAAGAAGAGCGAGUAUGCGCGCCGCGUCGCCGAGGGUACCCCGAUUGGCCACGUGAGCCUCAUGGACCACUUUGUCAACACGUACGGCAAGCCCGACAGCGGCAUCUUUGCCCGUGCCCGCCGCAACUUUAUCAAGUCGCUCGCCGGCUACAGCAUCAUUACGUAUCUCCUCCAGAUCAAAGACCGCCACAACGGUAACAUUCUCGUCGACCGGGACGGCCAUCUUAUCCAUAUUGAUUUCGGAUUCAUGCUCUCCAACUCGCCCGGCGGUAACAUGGGCUUUGAGGCUGCCCCCUUCAAGCUCCCGCUCGAGUAUGUCGAGAUCAUGGGUGGCCUGGACUCGCCCGGCUGGGUCUAUUUCAAGAAACUCUUCAAGGAAGGGUUCGAGUGUGCCCGCAAGCACUCGGACUCGCUCAUCACCAUUGUCGAGCUCAUGCAAAAGGACUCGAAGCUGGACUGUUUUGCCAUGUUUGGCGAAAACACCGUCGCCCACUUCCGCGAGCGCUUUGCUCUCGGCCUCACGACCCAGGCUGUCGACGCGUACCUCGAGCGUCUCAUUGUCAGCUCGACAGCGUCCAACUACACCCGCCUCUACGACACGUUCCAGUAUUACAGCCAAGGAGUCCUGUAG